UCAACCAACUCAACUGGCAGCACGAUGUUUGCUCAGUUUUAAAGAUGUGUAGUUUAGAUCAACCAAUCAACAUUACUCAGUGAUGAUGUCACCUGCAGGUCUAAUAAACUGUGCUGAGAAAACCAAACAUUCAACAUCUACCAAUUGAUUGGUCCUCUGGUGACUGAUGUCAUCACAUUACUGAUGAGAUGUUGAAGUGGUGCGUUUAGGUGCGUUUGACUUUACCUGAUGCUGGUUAAAAAAUUUGUCAGACUUUCUCUGGUGUGGCACAAUGUCCCCGUGUCACAUGACUUUAAAAUCUAUGAACCAACGCUGUAGAUUAAUUUUAGUUUGUUUUUGUAGAAGAAGUAACGUCCUCAUAGGUCAGAUUUUUAUUCCUCAUAUUUCACCUCUUUUCUCUCCUGGUGAUGUGGUGGCUCAUGAUUUUAUUCUCAAGUUUGUGGUUCUCAAUAAAACCACAGAUCUUUGGUUGAGUAAACAGUGUGAAAGAGGUUCACAACAGUUGGACAUGUUCAAUUUAAUAAAACACAGAACAGAUUAAAUAUCCAAUGUCGUAAAGUGACUGUGUCCAACUUCAGUUUGUUUUUUCUCCAGUCCAGCAGUCAGCAGCAGCAGCUCAUGUCCACACCUUAGAUAAUCUAUACAUCUGAACCAGCCAAUCAGAAUGGCUCCUUCAUGUGAUGUCACAGCUGGACAAAACACUACCUCCCCCUCCUCUCCUCCUCCUCACCUCCUUGUCUCCUCUUCUAUCUCCUUUUCCUCUCCUCUGCUCACUUCCUUCUCCUCUCCUCCAUUCUUACCCUCCUCCUCCUCUUCACAACCUCCUCCUUUUCUUUUCUCUCUCUCUCCUACCCCCCGUCCUCCACCUCCUCCCUCUUGUAUUUUGGCUCCCACUCUGUUUAACUCCACCUGUCUCUCCUCUGGUUGCCAUGGUUACGCAUACAGGGUGUCCGGUUACCAUGGUGACGGAGGUUAAUAAAACAUCCUGUACAGACCCGUCGAUCUUUCAGUUGAGUUUGUUUCUUUUCUCUGAUCAAAUUGAUCUGAUCAGUGUUUGUUUCUUUCUGUGAUCAAUAAUCCGUCAGUGACGUCAUUCUGUUUCCUUCUUGUGCGGGAAGUGGAAGAGGAGAAAAAACCUGCUGAUCAGCCAAUCUGCUGCGGAUUUUAUUUUCCUCCAUCCCUCUCUCCACUUCACCUCAUCCUCUCCUCCUUCUCUCCUCCUCCGCUCCGCCGUGGCGAUGCUUCCCCGGUGCCUGGCCGGUCUCGGUGCUCUUUCUGCGGGCUGCCUCUAGAUCGGCGGGUCGGUACGGGUCGCGGCUCUCAGUCAUGGUGCAGAAAUCCCGGAACGGCGGGGUGUUCCCCGGAGCGCAGGCCGACCAGAAGAAGCUGAAGGUCGGCUUCGUGGGUCUAGAGGCCGGAGGCACCGAUUCCAGCAGAGACGGAGCUCUGCUCAUUUCCGGUGGGGAGGAGGGACCUCGGCGGCAGCGCAGCAGCGUCUCUGGAGGAAAGAAACCUCCAAAACGAAAUGCCCUCUAUAGACGACUGCAGAACUUCCUGUACAACGUCCUGGAGAGACCUCGAGGAUGGGCCUUCAUCUACCACGCCUAUGUGUUCCUGCUGGUGUUCUCCUGUCUGGUUCUGUCUGUGUUCUCCACCAUCAAAGAGUACGAGAAGAGUUCAGAGGACGCUCUCUACAUCCUGGAAGUGGUGACGAUCGUGGUGUUCGGGGUGGAGUACAUGGUGAGGAUCUGGGCUGCAGGUUGUUGUUGUCGCUACAGAGGAUGGAGAGGCCGACUCAAGUUCGCCAGAAAGCCCUUCUGUGUCAUUGACAUCAUGGUGUUGAUAGCAUCCAUCUCAGUCUUGGCUGCAGGGACUCAGGGAAACGUCUUUGCCACGUCGGCAAUCCGUUCUCUUCGGUUCCUUCAGAUACUGAGGAUGAUCCGGAUGGACAGACGAGGAGGAACCUGGAAACUGCUGGGAUCAGUGGUCUAUGCCCACAGCAAGGAGUUGAUCACAGCCUGGUACAUCGGCUUCUUGUGUCUCAUUCUGGCCAGUUUCCUUGUUUAUUUGGCAGAAAAAGAAGACAAUGCACAGUUUGAGACGUACGCUGACGCCCUCUGGUGGGGACUGAUCACCUUGACAACCAUCGGUUAUGGAGAUAAGUUCCCCAUCACCUGGAAUGGACGUCUGCUGGCUGCAACCUUCACUCUUAUUGGAGUUUCAUUCUUCGCUCUGCCCGCUGGGAUCCUGGGUUCUGGGUUUGCUCUGAAGGUUCAGGAACAGCACAGACAGAAACACUUUGAGAAGAGACGGAACCCAGCAGCUGGACUCAUACAGGCGGCAUGGAGAGUUUACGCUACCAAUCUGAGCCGAACUGAUCUGACUUCGACCUGGGAUUAUUACGAGAGGACAGUCUCUGUCCCCAUGUACAGGUUGAUUCCUCCUCUCAAUCAGUUGGAUUUAUUGAGGAACCUCAAGAACAAAUCAGGACUCUCAUUCAGGAAGGAUGUCCAACCUGAACCAUCUCCCAGUCAGAAGGUCAGUCUGAAGGAGAGGGUCUUCUCAUCUCCCAGGAGUUCAGGAACCAAAGGGAAAGGUUCUCCUCAGCAUGUGGUUCCUACAGUUGGCCCCGGUGUUGCUCCUGGUGUGGGUUCUGGAGUUCCUGGGGGUCCAGGGGGAGUCCAGGCCUUGCGGCGGUCCCCCAGUAUGGAGCCCAAUCUGGAGGAGAGUCCCAGCAAGGUUCCAAAGAGCUGGAGCUUCGGAGAACGCAGCAGAACCCGACAGGCCUUCAGGAUCCGAGGAGCUGCCUCCCGCCAAAACUCUGAAGUGCUGAUAGAGAUGCAGGAUGAAGAGUUCAGGCAGAAGAGCUCCCCAGAGGCCAGCCUGCCAGGAGAAGACAUGGCCGACGACAACAAGAGCUGCCACUGUGAGUUCGUCCCUCAGGAUCUGACCCCGGGAUUAAAGGUCACCAUCAGAGCCAUCUGCAUCAUGCGUUUCAUGGUGUCUAAGAGGAAGUUUAAGGAGAGUCUUCGUCCCUAUGAUGUCAUGGAUGUAAUUGAACAGUAUUCAGCUGGACACCUGGACAUGCUCGCCCGCAUUAAAAACCUCCAGUCAAGAGUGGAUCAGAUAGUUGGCAGAGGAACGCCAAUUGCAGAUAAAGACCGUCCCAAAGCUGCCAGUGAGGAGCUUCCUGAGGAUCCGAGCAUGAUGGGAAGGCUGGGAAAGGUAGAGAAGCAGGUCCUGUCCAUGGAGAGAAAGUUGGACUUCCUGGUUAACAUCUACAUCCAGCGAAUGGGAAUCCCUCAGACUGAGACUGAUGCCUACUUUGGAUCUAAGGAGCCAGACCCUGCCCCUCCCUACCACAGUCCAGUGGAUCAGUUGGAGAAGAGCCAGUCGAUCUCCAAAAUCUUGCAGGUGUUACCCAGUGACCAUGUUGAGAAGACUCGUCUAGUGACGAAGAUGGUUCGCUCCAGCAGCUCCACUGGACACAGAAACUACAAUGUACCCUCCUGCCCCCCUUCCACCUCCUGGCAGCCAAUCAGCUCCCAGCUCCACCAGCAGGCCCCGCUCCCCCCUCAGCGUAGCCACGGCAACAGUCCAAGUCCAGUAGGUGACGGAUCGCUGGUUCGACUUCCACCUCCUCCUGCCGGAGAGAGACACGGCGGGAACCGAUCGAACCGGCACAGCACCGGAGAGCGGGGGGGGGCGGAGAGACCGGAGAGGGGAGGAGAUGGGGCCAAUGGGACCGGGGGAGGAGGAGGAGAGGGAGGGGAGGAGGUGAAGCCGGACAGCGACACCUCCAUCUCCAUCCCAUCCGUGGACCACGAGGAGCUGGAGCGCUCCUUCAGCGGCUUCUCCAUCUCCCAGUCAAGAGAGAACCUGGACUUCCUCAACAACGGGUUCUACUCCUCCACCAACCUGGGAGACCACAAAGGAGGAGGAGGCGCCACCCGCUGUGCCACUGUCCGGCCCUACAUCGCCGAGGGUGAGUCGGACUCUGACUCGGAGCUCUGUGCCCCCUCGCCACACUCGGACCGGGCCUGGACCGGACCCAAGUAGAGCUGAAGUUAAACUGGAGAAGAACCAGCAGAACCCUUAAACCGAUUAAAAUGUGAAUGAAACCAUGAAGUGAAACAAGUUUAAUGUCUUUAGACUUAAAAACACCAGCUGGAAGUUCAGAGUGAAGCAUCAUGAGAACAGUACACAUCACUGUGUUUUUAUUUGUGUCAAUGUUUUAACGUGCAGCCAAUGUUUGUGUUCACUGUCGCUGAUUGAUUCACUGCUGCAAUACACUCACUCCUGAUUGGUUCACUGCAGGGACACACUCGCUCCUGAUUGGUUCACUGCUGCAACACACUUGCUCCUGAUUGGUUCACUGCUGCAACACACUCGCUCCUGAUUGGUUCACUGCUGCAACACACUCGCUCCUGAUUGCUGUUUGGCUGCUGGUGUCCAUGUUAACAUACACAAUCAUCAGCUGCUUAUUUUUCCAAAUGAUUAUGUUUUUCAACACAAAGCACCAAAUGAAUGACUGACUGACACAUCACCAUGACAACAGACACAGCUGUCUAUUUCCCAUUCAGAGCUCAAACACAGAAUGAUCCUGAGCUUUCAGCUGAAUCCUGGUCUUCUCUGCAGGGAACUGUUAAACUCACUCUGUGGUUUGAUGUUUAUUCUGCCCCCCAAAAGCAGAGAGCAGUAACUACAGAAAAGGUUCAGGCGGAUUGAAAUGUAAUGUGUGUUUAUCUAUUUAUUUUACUCCCAUUUAACAAAAGAAACCCUGUCUCUGAAUACUCUUGUCACUGGCGGAUUUUAUUAGCUGCAGCUAGCUGGCUAAUUAAACUAACACCACCUCCAUGAGUUCUCCAACUCCACGACUUAAUCUUCAGCAGAUUUUUAAAAAAUGUUUCCAGCUGAUUUGUUUGAAAAUGAGAACUCUGUAAAGGUUUGUGAUGGCUGCACAUGGUAUCAUACUAACAGACUGAAGCUAACGCUAACAGGUCCCAGCAAACAUUAGAAACACUGUUUAAUAAAUCCUUCUGAUUGUAUUUUUGGAAAAAAUCCAAAAAUCCAUCCUGUUUCUUUCCUGCUGCCCAAUUACAGGUGCUGAGCUGUGAUUGGACAAUUGCUGUCGGGGGAGGGGUUUAGUAAAUGGAUGGAGACGUAAAUAUGUUAAGAAAAACACAAACUGAUAAUCAUGAUAACUCCCACAUAUCUUUAACGCAGCUUUUUCACACAAUCAUGUCAUGAAACAUUAGUGUGUAUAUAUGAUGUAAUCAACUGUUAAUUCUUUGAUAAUUAAUAUUCACUAAUUAAUCCAAACCAUUAAACAUAAUAACAGUACUGAGGAUAAAAUGUUUGAAGGAUGAAUUAACAUGACUCAGUUACUGAUUUUGUCCAGCAGGGGGCAGUCAGGGCGAUCAGUCAGUACACAAAACCAAAAUAACACAAAUCUACCAAAAUAAAAGUCAUUUACUGCCUGAGCCUGAAGGCUUAAUGUUUCUGACCAGCAGGGGGUUUGUCUGGGAGGAGGUGGAAACCACACAUACAAGGUUUAAAUGUGUCAGAGAGGUUUGGUAGUUUGGUAAACUGAUCAUCUGAUCAAUCAGCUCUCCUCUGAUUGGCUGAUGCAAGUGACUCAUUAAUCUCUGAUCUACUUCCUGUUGGUCAUUAACUCGUUAAUUUGGCUGAAAGUAGAAACACUUUUACUGUUUCCAUGGAAACCAUCUGACCCUCAGCCUGUGUUUACGUUUAAAUCUGCUAUGAUUGAAAUAUUAUCUCAUAGUGUUUUUUCUCAUAGUGUGUCAGUUCAGAGGAAAAGUUUGUGUCAUUUUAUUCAAAAUCCUUGAAAAUGUGUUGUGGAGAAAAGGCGGUACAACUGCAUCCGUAUCUGUAAAACACAAACUGUGUCUUUGUACAGAACGUUGCCUGUUUGAUUGUAUUUCAAUAUAAAUAAAAAAACCUUUAACCACAACAAACCUGAUGUA